AUGAGCCAUUUUCAGUUUGAGUCCGCCAUCGAAGACUGUCUGGAAAACUUCUGUGCGCCUCUAACAAGGGUACAAACACCACGUUGGCAAAGGAAAAGAAACAACAGUACCUCUAGCAUACCGUUGUCUCCCUGCAAUGGCAACAGAUCGUUAAAAACGCCAUGUAAAACUCCAAAGAGAAAGAGCAAGACGCCAUUAAAGACACCUAAGUCAAGGAAGACACCUCAUAAAACGCCUGGUAAAACAACGCCGCAUGUUGAUCGCUUCAUACCAAACAGAACUAUAAUGGACAACGAUAAAAACUAUUUCCAAAUUGUGAAUGAAGUGGACACAGUCGAAAUAAAAGAAAAUGAGCUUAACCCUGAAGCUCUUGAAAAAGUUCAUUAUGAGAAAGCAGUGAAAGAUAAUUUAGAAGAAGAGUCUGAUUCGAGAAUUCUUCACUUCAAACAAAGAGCUCCAGCAGCUAGAGAGG